GCGGGGCCGGCGCUGGCGCUGGCGCGCGGCAAGAUGGCGGCGGUGUCGGUGUUCGCGGGCGUGCGGCUCCUCACGAUCGGCGACGCCAACGGCGAGAUCCAGCGGCACCAGGAGCAGCAGGCGCUGCGCCUCGAGGUCCGCACCGGGCCCGACAGCGCCGCGCUCGCGCUGCACAGCCAUGAGGACGUGUGCGUGUUCAAGUGUGCCGUGUCCCGCGAGACAGAGUGCAGCCGCGUGGGCAAGCAGUCCUUCAUCAUCACCCUUGGCUGCAACAGUGUCCUCAUCCAGUUCGCCACCCCCACCGAUUUCUGCUCCUUCUACAACAUCCUGAAGAACUGUCGGGGCCACAACACAGAGCGCUCCGUAUUCAGUGAGCGGACAGAGGAGUCGUCGGCGGUGCAGUACUUCCAGUUCUACGGCUAUCUGUCCCAGCAGCAGAACAUGAUGCAGGAUUACGUGCGGACGGGCACAUACCAGCGUGCCAUCCUGCAGAACCACAGUGACUUCAAGGACAAGAUUGUGCUGGAUGUGGGCUGUGGCUCCGGCAUCUUGUCUUUCUUUGCUGCUCAGGCUGGGGCCAGAAAGAUCUAUGCCGUGGAGGCCAGCACAAUGGCCCAGCACGCUGAGAUGCUUGUGAAAAGCAACAACCUGAUGGACCGGAUUGUGGUGAUCCCGGGGAAGGUGGAGGAGGUGUCACUGCCUGAGCAGGUGGACAUCAUCAUCUCGGAGCCUAUGGGCUACAUGCUUUUCAACGAGCGCAUGCUGGAGAGCUACCUGCAUGCUAAAAAGUACCUGAAGCCCAGCGGGAACAUGUUCCCCACGAUCGGAGAUGUCCACCUGGCCCCAUUCACAGAUGAACAGCUCUACAUGGAGCAGUUCACGAAAGCCAAUUUCUGGUAUCAGCCAUCCUUCCAUGGAGUGGACCUGUCAGCACUGCGAGGAGCUGCGGUGGAUGAGUACUUCAGACAGCCUGUUGUGGACACCUUUGACAUCCGGAUCCUGAUGGCGAAAUCGGUCAAAUACACGGUGAACUUCUUAGAAGCCAAAGAAGGCGAUUUGCACAGGAUAGAAAUCCCCUUCAAGUUCCACAUGCUGCAUUCAGGGCUAGUCCACGGCUUGGCCUUCUGGUUUGACGUGGCCUUCAUCGGCUCCAUAAUGACUGUGUGGCUGUCGACAGCCCCCACGGAGCCACUGACCCACUGGUACCAGGUGCGGUGCCUCUUCCAGUCCCCACUCUUCGCCAAAGCCGGUGACACGCUCUCAGGGACCUGCCUCCUCAUCGCCAACAAGAGGCAGAGCUACGACAUCAGUAUUGUGGCCCAGGUGGAUCAGACCGGCUCAAAGUCCAGCAACCUCCUUGACCUGAAAAACCCCUUCUUUAGGUACACAGGCACGACUCCGUCACCCCCUCCAGGAUCACACUACACGUCCCCGUCGGAGAACAUGUGGAAUGCAGGCAGCGCCUACAACAUGAGUACAGGCAUGGCUGUGGCGGGGAUGCCCACAGCCUAUGACCUCAGCAGUGUCAUCACGGGUGGCACCAGCGUCAGCCACAACAACCUGAUUCCUUUAGCUAACACAGGGAUCGUCAAUCACACGCACUCCAGGAUGGGAUCCAUCAUGAGCACAGGGAUCGUCCAAGGCUCCUCAAGUGGGCAGAGCAGCGGCAGUGGCAGCACCCACUACCCACUCAACAGCCAGUUCACCAUGGGGGGCCCAGCCAUCUCCAUGGCCUCACCCAUGUCCAUCACCACCAACACAAUGCAUUAUGGGAGCUAGGCGCCCACCGUGCUUGGACUGCCAGCGCCAGGAAACCAAAUGAAGAUGACCCCCUCCCCUCCACACCUCCACGAACUGCUGGACCCCUCCUCCCCUGUCCGCCGCACCGCUGCCAUUGCUGCUGGGAAGACCUUGCUGCGGCCCGGCAACCCAUUCUUUGAUACCGGACUUGGACAACUUUUUUACAAAAGGCUGGGCCCAAGGGACCCACCUGCCCCCCCUUCCCCCCCACUGUGCUAGCUGCCCCCCACCCUCCCUGAGCGAUCAUGUAGCUGAUGCUGUUUUAGUUCGUGAGCUUCCAUAACAGACAGGCAUGGGCUGCAGUGCGGACCUAUCCCACUGGGGAUGGGGACAUUGAUAACCCCCAUCCCCCCCUUCCCCUACCACCAAGGGCUUGGCAGGAAGGCAGGGGGAUGGGGCUGGACCUGGGGGAGGUGGGAGGUUGCCCCUGCUUGUUCCUCUUCUGAGGCUGGUGCAUAAAGGGCCCUAUGUUGUGGCCCCUCGCAGGGCAGCCUCCCGCCCUCCCCCUUGCUGGCGUGAGGGCUCAACCAGCCCUGGUGCCUUGUGGGGAAAGAAGAGCCCCUUUGUGCCUCGCUUUCCCCAGCCAUGCCCUUUAGGGGGGAGAGUGGGGGGGCCUGGAGCCCUUGGACACCACCCGGCGGCAAGUUCAGCCCUCAGCAGCAUGGUGUGCAGGCCUGCCAGCUGCAACAGUCUUGCCAGCUGUUAUGGAAGGCGCAGUCCCCUAGCUCCCUAGGACGGCGAAUCCAUUUAUGUUAAUGACCCUCCAAGCAGUGACCGCGUGCCUCCCCCCGCCCUCCCUUUCCGGUUCCUUUUUAAGGGCCGCGAGUGGCGUUGCUCGGAAGGAUUCUGCAGGGACACCCCCACCCCCAUCCCUGGCCAGAGAGAACCGCGUGUCUCCCACAGGCCGGUCCCGUCCGCCCCCGGCCGGCCAUGCCAAGUGGCCAGGGGCUGGCGGGGGGAGGGCACCGUGUCUCAGGCCGGUGCCCAUCGGUAGGAGUUAGCAGUGUUUGGGCCGUAGUACUGAAUAAAUGGGAGGGUUUCGAAGGUC